AGGUUGCUCCGAAGGAAGGCGGCGUGGGGCUUCCCUGGAUGCCGCUGAGGGAAUGCGGUGGAGAUGAUAGCGGAGCCCAGCCCGGCCGGCGCGCUCCCCGCUCACAAAGAGAAUGCUGUGCAUGAUGAGACUGUGCCCGAGUCUGCUGUGCAGAAUGGCAGCUGUUUGAGAAACGGCAACCUGAAAACACCAAGAGAGAAACGGAAGGUCCGCGAGCAGUGUGAAAACAUAAGGAGAAAUUCUUCCAGUAGCAGAAGAGUGAGCCGUUUGCAGAAUGGAGAAGUGGUUGAAGCAGUUACGUUGUUUGAAGUGGUUAGCAUGGGGAAACAGGCCAUGCAGUCCGUAGUAGACGACUGGGUGGARGCUUAUAAACAAGAUCGGAAUGUGGCACUUCUAGAUUUGAUCAACUUCUUCAUCCAGUGCUCAGGCUGUCAAGGCAUGGUAACAGCGGAGAUGUUUCAAAGUUUGCACAAGAAGGAUGUCAUGCAAAAAAUGACAGAGACUUUUGAUGAGGAAACCGGGUUGCAAUACAAGAAAUUCAUGGCCUAUCCUUGGAUUCUGACAGUUACUUGGCCAGUGGACAUGGACAAUGAAGACUACCCACUUAUCAGAACGGGACCCUAUUGGAAGAAGUUCAAAGCCAACUUCUGUGAAUUCAUUGCAGUGCUUGUCCAGCAGUGCCAGUACAGCAUCCUAUAUGACAGCUACUUGAUGGAUACCGUCAUCUCGCUGCUUACAGGCCUAGCAGACUCUAUGGUCAGAGCAUUUAGGCACACAAGCACGUUGGCAGCAAUGAAGCUUCUGACAGCAGUUGUAAGCGUACAUCUGAACCUUGAUGUCAACAAGCAUAAUGCUCAAAGACUGUAUGAGGUGGAGAAGAACAGGAUAAGUGGCAAGAAGACCAGCUGCAGGCUUGACCAGCUACAGAGAAGAAGAAAAGAGGUUAGGCAGUAUGAGCAGAAACUCCUGGACAUACAGAACAUGAUGAAUGCUAUUUUCAAAGGGACAUUUUUAAACCGUUACCGUGAUGUGAUCCCUGAGAUUCGGGCCACUUGCAUUGAAGAAAUUGGCAGCUGGAUGAACACAUACCCAGAUGCCUUUUUAAACGAUAGUUACUUAAAAUAUGUUGGAUGGAUGCUCUAUGAUAAGCAAGCUGAAGUACGGUUGAAGUGUCUUCUCGGACUGCAGGGAAUUUAUAGCAGAAAAGAACUUGUUUCCAGGAUGGAUCUCUUUACUAGCAGAUUCAAGGAUCGAAUUGUGUCCAUGCCUCUGGACAAGGACCAUGAAGUAGCAGUUCAAGCCAUGAAACUCUUGAUGCUUGUGUCACAGAACUGUGAGGAUGUGUUAUCAGCUGAAGACUGUGAAACCCUGUACCAGUUUGUUUAUGCCACACACCGCCCGCUGGCAGUGGCAGCUGGGGAAUUCCUUUAUAAAAGGCUGUUCAGUCAUGAGAGGGGUGAAGAAGCUCUGGCCAAAAGAGGAGAGAAGUUUGGGGAGAGUACUAACCAGUUGAAAACAUUAAUACGUUUUUUCCUGGAGACUGAGCUGCACCAGCAUGUCACGUACCUCGUAGACAGCUUGUGGGACCGGGCAGGCAAAUUCCUGAAGGACUGGGAAUGCAUGACCACUCUUCUGUUAAAAAAUGCUGGAGAAGAGGGAGAAGCACUGAGUGAUGCCCAUGAAAGUGCUCUCAUUGAAAUCAUCCUCGCAACUGUCAGAGAAGCAGCAGAAGGUCAUCCACCAGUGGGCAGAGGUGCAGCCAAAAAAAUUCUGUCAGUGAAAGAGAAGAAAAUACAAUUGGAAGAUUGUACCAAAAUUACUGAACACUUUAUUGUGGUGCUUCCUCAGCUCUUGGCAAAGUAUUCAGCAGAUGCAGAAAAAGUGACAAAUCUCCUGCAGAUUCCUCAGUAUUACGAUUUAGAUGUUUACAGAACAGGACAUCUAGAGAAGCAUUUGGAUGCUCUACUAAGAGAGGUAAAAGACAUUGUGACCAAACACUCCGAUAUGUCUGUCCUUGAGGCCUCCUCCAGGACUUAUUACAUCCUCUGCAGGGAAGAAAAUGCCAUCUACAGCCAGGUGGAUUGUGCCCGAACUCAACUGAUAGAUGAGUUGGUGGGGCAGCUUAACCAGCUACUGAACGACUUCUGGCAAAAGGAAGAAGGUUUUUGUGCAGAUGCAGGAGAAAUGUCCCGGAUCCACUCUGCUUUGAGAAGAAUAGCUGCUUUUCAUAAUGCCCAUGAUCUCACCAAGUGGAACCUUUAUGACAAGACUUCAAGAUUGCUGCUGUUUGAAAUGGAACGUGGGGGUUUGUCUGGUCAGAUGAUCCUGCCAGCUCUCCAGUGCACAUACUUUUCUCUCCUGUGGCAAGUGGCUGCAGUUGCAGAAAAUUCUCCCAAGGAGACUCUUUUGACAUUAAGAAGAGAGCUGAGACGUUUCUGUCAGAUUUGCAUGUKCUUUCUCCACCAUAAGGAAAAAGAUAUAAGAGAAAAGGCCUUCAUGAUACUCUGUGACUGGCUGCUGAUUUUGAGUCACCAAGAUUCAAGUAAUAAUGAAGCAGCAGGACUUCUAGAUUACCUUCCCAGCACUUCACUUCARGAAAAGCUACUUUUGUUUAUCCAGGAACAUGUUUUCAAGGAGGAGGAACAGGAAAGCAAAGCCCUGACAGAAGAGGAGGAGGGAARGGAUGAAACCUGCAAACUGAAUGCCCUGAACAAGAAGCGGAGUCUUCUCGCAGCGUAUUGCAAGCUGAUAGUGUAUAAUGUGGUGGAGAUGGCUGCAGCUGCUGAGAUCUAUAAGCAUUAUAUGAAGACCUACAAUGAUUUUGGAGACAUAAUUAGAGAAACACUAAGCAGGACGAGGCACAAUAAUAAAAUUCAGAGUGCCAAGACACUGAUUCUCUGUCUGCAGCAGUUGUUUCAAAGGCACCUGGCAAGCCAGGACAGCCGCGGCGGAGYGGACUCGUCCUCCGCCUCCUUCACAAACGUGAAGGAGCUCGCCCGUCGUUUUUCACUAACGUUUGGCUGGGACCAGGUGAAAUCUAGAGAAUCUGUAGCCAUGAUACACAAGGAAGGAAUUGAAUUUGCCUUCCAAGGAGCUACCGGAAUGGAUGGAAAAUGCCCRCCUCCUAAGCUCAGCUUUCUGUUAAUCAUCAGUGAAUUUUCCAACAAGCUGCUAAAGCCUGACAAAAGACUGGUGUAYGCUUACUUACAGAGGUAUGUAGCAGAGCCCCUGUCCUGCAGAGGAGACGAAUGGCAGCCUCUCGUUUGGUACAGAAACUCCUUACUGGCAAACGAAGAUGAGGAGAGCUCUGUCCUCAGCAGUUUGGGAGAGUGGUUCCCCGUGGGCACAUCUAAGACGUCUGCUUUUAAAAGGAAAUGGUCUAAUGGGUCCUUGCCGGACACCAGCCAYGCUGACGCAGCCAGCAAAGCUCCGGACUGGCACCGUGCGCCCCAGCUCGCCUCUGCAGCAGGGACAAGCAGGAAGAGGCUGAAAUCCCGCGAGAGGCCCUUGCAGGAGCGCGUGCCACCCGUGGGCGCCACCGCUGCCGUGCUGCCGAGGAGGUGCCGCCAAGAUGAGAUCAAGACAGAAGAGGUCUYGGUAGAGGAUCAAGCAGAAGACACAAGUGAAGACGCUGAUAUCGAUGUGGUUGGUGCAGAGCAGGACAGCUGAGGAGAAGCUGACAGGGGCACUGCAGGUUAAGAACCUGCUACCACCUCGUUCUGGAAACUGCUUAACUGAGAACUCGCUCGUGACAGCAGCAGCCAAGGCCUGGGUAGCUAAAGCCCAGCCAGCAAGCAGCAGAUGGAUAUUAAGUCAAAUCUCCCUGCGCAGGCACCCAGAACCAGUUACUAGUGCUGUGGCUGACCUCUCCACAUUGCCAUUCCUUGGUUCCAAGGGGUGGGAGUUCUGGGCAUUAUUGCUAAACGUUGCCCUCUGGCCUGUCUAGGAAAAUGGUCCAGCUUAAGCAUUGGAGUGGGGGCUGUUUGGGAACGGGAGCUCAGGGAGUGACACCACACGGGUGAGGCUGCCCUGCUCACACAGCCCGGGCUGCUCUUCUGCCCUUUGAGGUGACCAGGGCCUGGAUGCCCCACUAGUCACGGGGGUCAUGGGGAGAGCCUGUGGGCCCAGCCUGGGAACGGCUGUGGGGCGACGCCAAGUGAAGUGACCGGCCUGUGAGUGAGUGACCUCCUUGUUAACGAGCAAGGCUCCAUCCACUCUUCCUACGAGUAUUUCUGAACCCUGAUAUUUAUAAAACUGUAGUUAGUGGUCUGUGGGAAUCAGGGCCUACUCCAGGGAAACUUACAUCAAGAUGUGCAGCCAAAAAAAAAAAGGAAAAAAAAMCCCACCAUGCACCAGCUAAGUGUUUUCCUCUGGUAGGAAUUCUUCACGCAGUGAUAAUGUGUGGRAAAGCAAAGCUUGAAAAUACAAUGUAAAUAGACUGUAAAAAAACAGCGAUUCAAGACCAGCUUUUGCAUGUUUCCAGAAAUGUUGUUCUUAGGAGGGCGUUGGGGCAGCGAGGGGAGUGUAGCUGCCCCUUUGACAUCCUCAGCGGCAUCGUGUGCUGUGCUAAUUAUAGCUUCCAUCAGCUUCAUUUUCUUUAUUCCGUUUUGGCUUGURACUGUACAAAAUAAACCACACCAUACCCACUGCUCCCCGUUAGCCCUGGCCAGUGCGAGUGAGAAGGCCCCAGUGUGUGRAGAAGGAGCAGCAGGAGCGAGAAGGGCCUUGGCCUUGGCCCCUUUCCUUAAAGGCAUCUGCGGAGCACGGGGCUCAGCGCUGCCCGGCCUCCUGCGGCACAGCYGGGAGGACAGGAGCAGCGCCUUGUUUGGACCCCUUCAGGCAGCCACCGGGCGAGUCCCCAAGCCAGGAACGGGGAGCUGGCGAGCAGGCCCCAGCCCAGUGCUCGUGGCCUUGCCGAGCUGAAACAGGCUCCAGCUGCUUCCCUCUCAGGAGAAGUUCAAGGUUGCUGUGGCCGGCAGCACUUCUCCCGACUAGGCUGUCGCACAGAUUCUCACUCGGGUAACUUCGUUUUUGAUGCCCCCGUGACUAUGUCCCCCCUCACCACCUGGAGGUAGG